AACAAUUAAAAACAAAUUCUCUCCGUCAUAAUAAAAACACAACUCAAACGAUUCACGGGUUUCACUUUGAAUCGUUUGAUAUUUCCCCUAUCUCUCCGAAAUAACCACGAAAAAACAAAAAAAAAGAUGGCCAAAGCGCCACCGUCAAGAUCUCUCACCUCCCUCAUCCUCCUCCUCUCUACCGCCGCCGUGUUCCUCUCUCUCCCCGCCGUCAUCUCCGCCAUAGGUGUCAACUACGGAACUCUCGGGAACCUCCCACCACCUACUCAGGUGGCUAAUUUCAUCAAGACUCAAACCUCCAUCGACAGCGUCAAGAUCUUCGAUGUGAACCCUGACAUCCUCCGUGCCUUCGCCGGUACGGGUAUCUCCGUCGUCGUCACUGUUCCUAACGUAGAUAUCCCGGCGUUAGCUAACGGGGUACAAGCUCGUAGGUGGGUAUCGGCUAACAUUUUGCCGUUUCAUCCUCAGACGAAGAUUAAGUAUAUAUCCGUCGGAAAUGAGAUUUUGCUCACCGGAGAUAACAACAUGAUUAACAAUCUCUUGCCGGCGAUGAGGAAUCUUAACAAUGCUUUGGUUCGUGCUGGUGUCAGAGAUGUUAAGGUCACAACCGCACACUCACUCAACAUCAUAGCCUAUGACUUGACUGGUGCACCAAGCAGCGGUAGAUUCAGGGCUGGUUGGGACAAGGGCAUAUUAGCUCCAAUCCUAGCUUACCAUCGCCGCACCAAGUCUCCUUUCAUGGUCAACCCCUACCCUUACUUUGGUUUUGACCCCAAAAACGUCAACUUCGCCAUCUUCCGUACUCCGUACAAGGCAGUCCGUGACCCCUUCACCCGCCACGUCUACACCAACAUGUUCGAUGCCCUCAUGGACUCCACUUAUUCCGCCAUGAAAGCUCUUGGAUACGGCGAUGUUAACAUCGUUGUUGGCGAGACUGGCUGGCCUUCUGCUUGUGACGCACCUUGGUGCUCGCCCGCGAACGCUGCUUGGUUCAACCUCAACAUUAUCAAACGUGCACAAGGCCAAGGGACACCUCUCAUGCCUAAAAGACGUUUCGAGACUUACAUUUUCGGUCUUUUUAACGAAGAAGGCAAACCUGGUCCGACCGCAGAACGAAACUGGGGACUUUUCCGUGCAGAUUUCUCCCCAGUUUACGAUGUUGGUCUUCUCCGAAACGGACAAGGUGGUGGCGGCCGUCCAGCAUUGCCUGCGCCUAGUACCGCCGGUGGUAAAUGGUGUGUGGCGAGGUCGGGUGCUUCGGAUAAGCAGCUGCAAGACAACAUUAACUGGGUGUGUGGUCAGGGAGGCGUUGAUUGUAAACCAAUCCAAGCUGGUGGUUCGUGCUUUAACCCGAGCAGUGUGAGGACGCACGCGUCUUUUGUGAUGAACGCUUACUUCCAGAGCCACGGUCGCAGCGAUGGUUCUUGUAAUUUCAGCGGAACUGGUAUGGUAGUAGGGAACAACCCAAGCAAUGGUGCGUGUAAGUUUUAAGAUAUUGUAUUGUCUAUUGUAGUAUUUGUCUGGAACGUCCUAACAUAAUGGUUCUGAGAAACUUUGGAUUUGGAGAGAUCAUCAUCACCUUUGUGCUUAAUUUCGGAUAUUCUAAUUUUUAUGGUUUUUUUUUUGUUGUUAA